UCACCCCACAGGCCAGCGCCCAGACUGGACGUCACCCAAUUGGACGAAAGUGUUUCUUUCUUCUUGGGAGAGGCAUUAGCCCCAGCGACCAUACAGGUCAGGGCAAUCCAGAUAUCGGCGUUUCUGUCAAGAGGCAGGUCUGCAGCCUCUGCCGUUGACCGAACAAGUACUCUGCAUGUUUGUCACCCACCUGGGUGCGGAAUCGCUGGCGUAUCAGACACUCAAUUGCUAUCUCUCAGCCAUCCGUCAUCUCAGCAUCAUGGCAGGACAGGGCGACCCCUUUGGACCAGGGAAAUUCCCGGUGCUGCAGUAUGUCCUCAGGGGAGUAAGGCGGAAUCCCAAGCCAGCAAAACCACGCCUGCCCAUAACCCCGGAGAUCCUCCACCACCUCAAGAACCAAUGGGCGCCCCAUGCCAGGGAGACAGACUACAAGAUGCUAUGGGCAGCCUGUUGUGUGGUUUUUUUUGGGUUCUUGAGGGCAGGGGAGUUCACAACAAAGCCUCACCGCAGGACGUGGCUGUUGAUGACCGUGAGCACCCAACACUGAUACGCAUACACAUAAAGAGUAGUAAGACCGACCCAUUCCGACACGGGGUGGAUAUAUAUCUGGGACGAACUGGCAAGGACCUCUAUCCAGUUGGUGCACUGUUGGCAUUUAUGGCAGUUCGUCCGGCAAGGCAGGGGCCUUUAUUUGUGUAUACAGAUGGCACACCACUGACGAGAGACAGGCUAGUCGAGACAGUCCAUCGCACACUUCAGCAAGCGGGAUAUUCGGGACACAGUUUCCGUAUCGGAGCCGCCACCGCGGUGGCACAUGCAGGCCUAGAGGACUCUGUGGUCAAGAUGCUGGGGAGGUGGGAGUCCUCAGCAUAUCAGCGGUACAUCAAGACCCCCUGAGAAACGUUAGCGGCCUUCUCCUCACGCCUAGUGUUACUCGGUGUGUGGCAGUGAUCGCCCUAUGUGGCAGGGCUGUAUGUUGUUGUUUAAUGAGUGUUGUGGUUGUGUGGGUGAGAGAUAUAAUACAAAUGGGGAGAGAGUUGUGUGGGAUGGACAAGUUGUGUGCUCAACCCAACCACAAGCCGCGAUUUGCAAGUGGCCUGAGGCAAUAUGUGUCAAUUAUCCCUCAUGGUCUAAGGUGCCCCAGCUAAUAAGUGGUCAGGGCAAGCGGGACUAAUUAACCAGCAAAUAGGUCAGGCAUGCUGACCAAGGGGUUGAGUCGCGGCUUGGCUGUCCAGGCCACAUGCUUACGCCCACAACUACUCCUCUGCUCUGAGAAGCAGUUAACGGAGAGGGACCAGGGUGUCAGGUGGUGGUAAGUAAUCGGGCAGGUCAACAUGUACAUCAGUGCAUAGAAGGAAGAUUAACUGAGGACAUUGUGUAUGGUUCCAGCUGCAAUAAGGAGAAAGGAGAGGGUGGGAGUGAGGAGAAGGCACCCAUCAGGUGGAUGGCUCCUGAGAGCAUAGAAAACGACAUCUACACUGAGUCCAAUGAUGUGUGGUCAUUUGGAGUGACGGUGUGGGAGAUCUUCACUUGUGGGAGGAUCCCAUUCACUGGUAUUCCAGCCAUGGGUCUCCUGAAGGAACUGCAGAGAGGACAGAGACUGGAGAGACCUAACAAUGAGGCCUGCAGUGUUGAAAUAGGGACUCUGGCUACCCUCAGCUAUCUGACCACUUCCGCUGCUGGAAACAGAGUCGUCCUCGACAGUUUACAGUGACUUUUGUACCAACUCUGUAGUGAAUGACUUUAGUUGCAUUAUAUUAUGAAGCAUUCAAGUGUCCACGUAGCUAGCAUCAUGGCUCAAAGGAUGGGUAGUAGUUUUUGUUAGAGAUAUCCACCGACUAGAUAAUGCAGGCGUUAAUUUGUGUACCUGUCACACAUUGUGGUAGUAAGAAGAAUAGGAACUGAAAAGCACCAAAGUGCAAACCCUCGGCGAAAUGCGCAUGCGCGA